AUCACUCUCCGCCUCCGCUGCUGAUCCGAGGAGUUCGCCGUGAAGCUCGCCGGAACCCUAGACCUGACCUGAGCCGAGCCCUAUCUCUCCUAGCUCCGAUGGCGGUCACGGUCGCUGGCAGCCGGAAGCGCGGGCUCGCCGACAUCCUCGAUCCCGCCUUCCUCGACGACCCGUUCCCUCUCCCGUCGCACCACCUGGCGAAGCGCGGGCGGCGCUCGUCGGCGGCGGCCUCCGCUGCUGAACUCGGGAUCAGCUUGGAGUUUCAUCCGGUCGAAGUGCUCCGGCUCGUCUUCCCGAAGGAAGAUCCGCAGUGUCUGCAGAACCAUUUUGAGGCGUGCGGUAACGUGUUGGACGCUGCAAUUAGAGGAUACAAAGAUCAUUUAGAAUCUGAUACUGAAAACGGAAAAGAUAUAUUCUCUCCUCAAGUUGCAUACGAGUCACCUGCAAUGAACAUUCCAUCCAACGGUGCUGAAUGGGCUGAGCUAGUUGUCAAGGAAAUGUCGUCUGCUCUAGAUUUGGUUGAUGCCAAAAAUCGAGCCUUUAGGAUACUUGAUUUAUUUGAGAAAGGCACUGUGCAACGUACUAGUGCAGAUGCAACUCAGAAAUUGAGCGAGGAACAUAAGAUACUAAAGCUGAUGCUAGGAGGCCUUCUCGAACAGAACGGUGUCCUGAAGCGCGCUUUUCUUAAACAGCACAGUCGACUCAAUGAUUAUGAGAAAAUGUCGCAGGAACGAUCGCAGAUUAUUGUCGAGUACGAAAAGAAGAUAAAGGCGCUAGAGGAGCGAUCGCAGAUUAUUGUCGAGUACGAAAUGAAGAUAAAGGCGCUAGAGCAUAGGAAUUAUGUACUGUCAUAUCAUCUUGCCCAAGCGACCCAACACGGCAGUAUCUCUGGCAAUUUCAACCCAGAUAUCUGCUAGGUGAAUAGUGCAUGAAAUCCUCGGUAGUACUGCUCAUUGAUACAUGGAUUAGAUAUCUGCAGAGGAUCUGAAUCCGGUGAAUAGGUGAUGGUGUCCCUACAACGGCCAACUUCAUCUACACCCACUGAACCUUGAAACUGAGCUUCCAAUCAAUUUAUCCGCAGCACAAAUAUUGAAACUGCAAGCUAAGGAAGAUCCUAUUGUAAUCAGUCUAUCCGUGGAUUGGUCCUCUGAAAACUGCAACUUCGUGCUAUGCACAUAUCCUGUUAUUUGUGGAAUAAGCAUGGCACAAAUGUAAACGUGAGUUCUUUAAUGCAGUGUAGAAUCACAGAAUAAUAUAUACGAUAUCUAUGCCCUUUGUUAGCUGUCACGAUGCUUAUAGAUCUGGAGCAAAUCACAGCAGCAGGAUACUAUAGCUCAUUCGCAUGUCACAUGCCCCUAAUUAAAUAUAAUCAUCUGUAAUAAAUAACUAAAAUUUCAAGUUCCAAUUCCUUGUUG